AUCUGUAUUUACCUGUUUUUAUGUGGUUGUUUUUGAUAGGCUAAAUUAUACAAAUUAUAGAGGAAGAAAAUUUUACUAUUUUCAGUUCUACCUUACAAGUUUUUCUGUCUUCUAUCAAAGGGUAAAGAACCCUCUGUUCGAACCGCAAAGAUAUUGCAAACCGGCGCAAAAAUUCUUACGAAUUAUGUUGGUGUAAAUAAAAGUAGAUUUCGUAAGGCACCGGUGAUUUUUGAGGUUAAAUACGAAAGUAUUGCUUCCUGGUUCCUACUCAAAAAUCUAAGGAGAUAAGAAUUAACAAAACGUAAAAUCCCAGAGAGAGAAAAUUUUUUCAAGGAAUAAUUUAUACGGAAAAGCUUUAAUCAUGUCUGAGAAAAAGAAAGUACUGAUGAUAUGUUUGGGUAAUAUUUGUCGUUCGCCAAUAGCAGAGGCAGUGUUCGAUGAUUACAUUAAAAAAAAUGGUUUAUCGGACAAGUGGGAAGUAGAAAGCGCGGCUUUAAUCGGUUAUCAUACCGGCAAAAGUCCUGAUAACAGAGCAAUAACUACACUUAAAGAAAAAGGAAUUUCAGAUUAUUCACAUGCCGCAAGACCUAUAACGAAAGAAGAUUUUAAAAAAUUCGAUUGGAUCUUUGGAAUGGAUGAAGAUAAUAUCGAUGAAUUGAAAAGAAAGAGUCCUAAAGAUGGCACAGCGAAAAUUGAACUUCUUGGCAAAUACGAUCCAGAGGGAGACAUAAUCAUAAGAGAUCCUUACUAUGAUAGCGGCAGAGAAGGAUUUGUAAAAGCGUUCGAGCAAUGUAAAAGAAGCGUGGCCGCAUUCCUGAAAGAAAACAAGUGAUGCAGUUUUAAAAUGGAUAUAUCAAGGCGUGAAAUAAAUUGAAACUUGUACAUUUUUCUCCUUAGAAAGUAGAGAUGAUUGAUAUUUUUUUAAACUGGGUAUAAUUCCGCUUAGUUAAUUUUUCUAAUAGGUUUUUCAGUUAAAAUAAACAAACUUUCGAGAUAUUAAGUAUCAGAAUACGCGGGCAUAAAGUUUUAUGGAAAAAGUUAGCAUAUAGCGAUUGAAAAUCGAUUUUUUAAUUUUCUGCAAAAAUAAAAACUUACUCCUUCUAUUUUGAGAAUUCUAAAUGAGAAUAAAAUAUGUUUAAUCUAAAAAAUUAUUCUAUUCGACGAGAAUUAAAAUUGAAAAUCGCGAUAUCACAGUAUGACAGAUAUUUUUUGCUAAAAUCCGAAAAAAUAAAAAAGUAUUUUUUCGUUGAGUGAUAAGGAUUUCAAGAAAUA